AUGCACAGUAAAGACGUGAUCAGCCACGACGAGUACGAGCAAGCUGCUGAUUGGCUGCUAGCUCACACAAAACACCGCCCCCAGGUGGCCAUCAUCUGUGGGUCCGGACUGGGCAUGCUCAGUGAGGUCCUGGAGGAGCAGGAAGUUCUCGAGUACACCCAAAUCCCUGGGUUUCCCCAGAGCACAGUGCAGGGUCACGCCGGACGCCUGGUCUUUGGUCGGCUUCGAGGUCGGACAUGUGUGUGUAUGCAGGGACGCUUCCACAUGUACGAGGGGUACAGUAUGAGCAAGACCACGUUCCCUGUAAGGGUUUUCAAACUGCUGGGCGCAGACACUCUGGUGGUCACCAAUGCUGCCGGCUCAUUGGACGAUUCUCUCAAACCUGGUGACAUCAUGAUCCUCAAAGACCAUGUGAACCUACCCGGACUGUGUGGACUCAACCCGCUGUGUGGUCCUAAUGACGAGAGGUUUGGUCCUCGGUUUCCCGCCAUGUCCAGUUGCUAUGACAGUGAGCUGCGCCGUAUUGCCUUAGAGAUCGGGAAGCAGCUUGGCGUUGGCGGAGCGAUGAGAGAGGGCGUGUACGCCAUGGUGGGCGGGCCUAACUUUGAGAGCAUUGCAGAGGCCCGCCUCCUACACCGGCUCGGGAUUGACGCCGUGGGGAUGAGUACAGCUCCAGAGGUCGUUGUAGCAACGCACUGCGGUAUGAGGGUGUUCGGCCUCUCACUCAUCACCAACAAGGUGGUGAAGUGCUAUGAUGGAGAUGACAUGGUUGACCACCAGGGGGUGCUGGAGGUAGGCCGUCUCAGAGCGCAGACGCUGCAGACGCUCAUCACGGAGCUCGUGUCGCGGAUGGACGUCAACAACAACAGCAGCAACAGUCCUUCUGACGACCUCACUGAGGAGGCACUGUCCCAAUGUGACCACAGGGAGGCGUUGUCCCCUGAGUCGAACAGUGACGUGUCCAUCUGA